ACCAUGAGCAAGACAUGGGACUCAAAUGCCUCAGAACACUGGCAUCACACCUGGGCUGGCAAUGGCAUGCAGCAUCGUUGGUACUCAGAUACCAACGUCACCUAUGUGAACUACUAUCUUCACCAGCCGCAAGUGGCAGCGAUCUUCAUUGGUUCCUACUCCCUGAUCUUUCUCCUGUGCAUGGUGGGAAAUACUGUAGUUUGCUUUAUUGUAAUAAGGAACAAACACAUGCACACAGUCACAAAUUUCUUCAUCUUUAACCUCGCAAUAAGUGAUUUACUGGUUGGAAUAUUCUGCAUGCCCGUCACAUUGCUGGACAACAUCAUAGCAGGAUGGCCAUUUGGAAGCAGCAUGUGCAAGAUCAGUGGACUGGUGCAGGGAAUAUCAGUGGCAGCCUCAGUCUUCACUUUGGUGGCAAUAGCCGUGGACAGAUUCCGGUGUGUUGUCUACCCCUUUAAGCCAAAGCUCACUGUCAAGACAGCCUUUACCACCAUUGUGGUCAUCUGGGCCCUGGCCAUCGCCAUUAUGACUCCAUCUGCGGUAAUGUUACACAUACAAGAGGAAAAAUACUACCGUGUGAGACUCGGCUCCCACAACAAAAGCAGCACAGUCUACUGGUGCCGGGAGGCCUGGCCAAACCAGGAAAUGAGGAGGAUCUACACCACCAUGCUGUUUGUCACCAUCUACCUGGCUCCGCUCUCCUUCAUCGUUGUCAUGUAUGCAAGGAUCGGGGCUUCCCUCUUCAAGACUUCCGCACACUGCACAGGCAAGCAGCGCCCGGAGCGGUGGCAUGUACCCAAGAAGAAACAGAAGGUCAUCAAGAUGCUGCUGAUUGUGGCCCUCCUCUUCAUCCUUUCCUGGCUGCCCCUGUGGACUCUGAUGAUGCUCUCGGACUAUGCUGACCUGUCUCCUAGUAAACUGCGUGUCAUCAACAUCUACAUCUACCCUUUCGCCCACUGGCUCGCCUUUUGCAACAGCAGUGUCAAUCCCAUCAUUUAUGGCUUCUUUAAUGAAAAUUUUCGCAAUGGUUUCCAAGAUGCUUUCCAGAUCUGCGAAAGGAAAGCCAAACCCCGGGAAGCCUAUAUCCUAAGAGCUAAAAGCAACAUGGGCAUAAACACAUGCGGCUUGCUGGUCCAGGAACCUGCAUCUCAAAACCCAGGUGGGGAAAAUUUGCUAUGUGGAAAAAGUGUUGACAAUCCCACACAGGAAUUCCUGAUGGAAGAAAUGGGGGAAGCUACUAAUAGUACCGAGGCUUAGAAAGAUAGUGUGGGGCGCCAGUGCUAUCUGAUGUUAUAUAGCAGGCCAGUGUGAAUGUCUUUAGAUUUGCUUGUUGUGGCUUUGCAUUCCUGACAUUUUGAUGAAAAGAUAUACGGAAGCCCACUUUGUCAAAAAUGAAAGUGUAAAAGUGGUCUUCCUAGCCAGCCCUAUGGGUGCAUGAAAUAUUCAGUGAAUUUCAUAUUUGCCUGAAGGUUUUCAAACCCGACCAUUCCCAUCUGAACCAUUUGUUUUAUAUGAGUCAGGUAAAUCAAGUAUGUGUGUGUGUGUUUUAUAAGUUUGUCAUUUUAUCUGUCUGUCUCUAGAUCCAUACAUUUUUCUUCCUGUCAUCUUUCAUCUAUCUAUCUAAAACAGUAGUUCUCAACCUGUGGGUUGCGAGCCCUUUGGGGAUCAAACUCCCCGUUCACAGGGGUCACCUAAGACCAUCAGAAAACACAGAUAUUUACAGUACAACUCAUAACAGCGGCAAAAUUACAGUUAUGAAGUAUGAAAAUAAUUUACUGGUUUGGGUCAGCACAACACGAGGAGCUGUACUAAAGGGCCACAGCUUUAGGAUAGUGGAGAACCACUGAUUGAGAAGGAAGGGUACACAUCUCCCUACAUUGUCAU